GACUUUAGCGCUAUGGUGGUUUCUUAAAGGUUUUAUGUUGAAGUAGGUUGUAAACUUAUGUUGAUGAGUUUAUUUAUAAAAUUUCAUGGUUAAAUAAAAGAAAUAAUAUUUAAAAGUAUUUGUAAUCAUCUACAUAUUACAAUGGAAACAUACCAACCCAUGGAAAGAGUUAUUAAGGAUGAAACAAUAGACAUUUUUGAAAAUUCUCUUUGGAAUACCAAAAUAAAACAAGAAUUUUAUAAUGUAGCUCAUAGUGGCCUUAAUCUAAUCAAACAAGAUUCAAUUGACGAUUUAAAUGAUGAUCAAAUAUUUGAAAAAUAUGAAGUUUCAGUAAAAACUGAAAGUGAUAUUCCCAAUAACUCUAACUUAUGUUUCAAUGAAAAGAAGUCUAGAUAUUCAAAAUUGAACUCAGAUAGAAUCAAAAUAAAAGGUUCGUUAAUAAAAAGGACAAAAUUAAAACACAACGUGUACAAUGGAAUUGCAAUUUGUGAUGUUUGUGGUAAUAUGUAUACAAAGCAAACAGACUUUUUUCAUCAUUUGUCAACAAAACAUCUCGUAAUACAGAAGAAGUUACGUGUUAUGAAAGCGAAAAAGUUGAAAAAAUCGCUUCAUCACACGAGGCAAAAACCAUUCAAAUGUGACAUUUGUUCGGAACAAUUCCCAGACGAAGUAGUCUUCAAUAGACAUUCGGUUUGUCACACAGUAAACAAACCUUUCAAAUGCGACAUCUGUCCAAAGUCAUUUUCACAUAAAUGCCAUUUAAAUAGACAUUUACGCGGUCACGCUGGAUAUAAACCAUUCAAAUGUGAUAUAUGCUCGAAAACGUUUUCUCAGAGGGGGCAUUUAAAUGCCCAUUUACGUUGUCACACCGAAGAAAAGCCUUUCGAAUGUAACAUUUGCCUGAAGUCAUUCUCACGAAAAGAAAAUUUGAAUAGACAUUUGUAUAGUCACACUGGAGAAAAGCCGUUCAAAUGUGAUGUUUGUAUGAAAACUUUUUCUCAAAAGGGGCAUUUGAAUGUACACUUGCGUUGUCAUACAAGAGAAGAAAAAUUCAAAUGUGACAUUUGCUUGAAAACAUUUUUACACAAAGGUCAUUUGAAUAUACAUUUACGCCGUCACACUGUAGAAACACCAUUCCAAUGUGACGUUUGCUCAAAGCUAUUCUCCUAUAAAUGCUACUUAAAUAGACAUUUACGUUGUCACACUGGAUACAAACCAUUCAAAUGUGAUGAAUGUUCGAAAUCUUUUUCCCAAAAAGGGCAUUUAAACGCACAUUUACGUUGUCACACAAGUGAAAAACCAUUCGAAUGUGACAUAUGUUUUAAAUCGUUUUCACAUAAAGGCCAUUUGAAUAUCCAUCUGCGUCGUCAUACAGGAGAGAAAACAUUCAAAUGUGAUAUUUGCUUGAAGUCGUUCCAUCAGAAAAGUCAUUUAAAUAAACAUUCGUAUAUUCACACCGAAGAAAAACCAUUUGAAUGUGAAUUUUGUUCGAAAUCUUUUUCACAAAAAGGAUAUCUUUAUAAACAUUUACGUUAUCACACAAAUAAAACUAUUUAAUAUGUCAUUUGAUGGCAAUUAUUUGCAUAAAUUCUCAUAUACUCAAAUUAUCAGUUUAUCUAAUUUUUGAUGAAAAUUGUCAGUAAUUCGAACUUAAAAGAUCGAAUUGAAUCAGAAAAAGAAGACGAAUGUAUUGACAGUUGACGUUUAUAGAUGACAGUAGAAUGUUUAUAUUGAAAUAUUUUUAAUUAAAGAAAAUACUACAAAAAUAAAUUCAAAAAGAGUGUAUAAGAAUACAUAGAAUAUUAAAAAAAUUAUCAAUUUUCGGUUUUAGUUAAAGCAAGCUACACUUCGUGCAAUGCAUUGUUUUGAAAAUAAUAUUGCUUUUAAAGUAAUGGUAUGUACAUUAUUUGUUUCAUAUUAAAUAUGUAACUGAAAAUUCUUUCUUCUCAUACAUUUGAAAAUGGUAUUCAAAAUAAACAACUCCAUUAAUAGCAGCAUUUUUGAAUUGAAUACUGUUUUUUCAACAAUUUUCUGUAACUGAAACUACUAUUUCUGGCUAUGAUUACAAAUAGUUAUAAUCUAGAAAGUCAUGUCGUUAUUUAUUAACCAAUUAUUGUAUUUAGAUGUUAUAUCAGUGAUUUAUUCAGAAAAGUUUUUGUUAGUUCAAUAAAUAGUAUAAUUUGAAUGAUCUAACAUAUAUUUAUUUUGUAUAAAAACUGGUUAUCUACUCGAUUGAUUUCAAAAAUGUAGUGCAAUGAGUUGAAACUAUCAUGUAUGGCUACGCUAAUAUAUAAUUUUUUCAAAUAGUGUCAAUUAUUAUGAAAUUAGAGCCAAUUAUUGUGAGUUUAGCUGUUUUUGGUUUCAGUUUAUUCAAAAGUGGUUUCUUUUUAAUGGUAAACCAAUAAACCAAUCUGUCUGGUUACUAAAAUUUAUUUAGCCCUCUAAAUCUCAUGAGAAAGUGGGCCCAACGGGCCAAACACUGCUCUGAAUAAUCAAUUCGUUGUUGUUUUUGAUCGACUGUGAGUAAAUACGAAAUCAUCCUUCCAAUGAAUUGAAACUUGGCAUUUCAUUCAAACAAAACUUGUUAUUUUUAUUUUAAUGUAUUCAAUUAGUUAUCUCAUGAUAGGAUAUAGGAAAAUUAAACACAAAGGCGGCACUUUUACUAAAUCUUUAUCUACUACGACCUUUACAAAACAAAAUCGAUUUUACAUACCAAAUAUUCGUUAUAAAGGUUGCUUUAUUGAUAAUUGUAAGUGUAUAAAACGUUAUUGACCUGACCCAUUACUACCAGUUGACCAUCAAACGUUAACUGAUACACAUCUUUGUUAACAAGAAACGAUAAACGCGAGGUGUGUCUAGAUAGUCAGCUACUAGCCCCAAAUUAACCCCAGCCCGUCUACAAUAUGACACGAGAUUAGACUAAAUGGACUGACAAACAAUGAGUCGAAGACGUGGCUGCAUAAUAGCGAUAGACGAGGACGAGUUUACAGAAGAACUGGAGGAAGAUUUGCGCAGUGUUGCAUAAUAGAAAACGUGGACAAGCAUCUCAAUGGAGGCAAUCAAAACCAGAUAACCAGUACUAUUUAGAUACAGACAGAUGUUUUUCAAUGUCACAGUUACCAGGAAUAGUAACGUAACAUUGCUCAAUAAUUUUUUUGUUAUCAUUUGUUUGAGUAAAUAAUAAAAAGUCAAAGUGUAUUGUUUCUUUUCAAUUGCAAUUUAGGUGUGUGGGGCCAUUGUGGUGAUGAGAUUGUCAGACAGCGGCACAGAAAAAUUUUGUGACGA